GUCUCAACACGUUUUAAAAUUUGUUCUAGUAUUUAUUUGUAGUCACUCUUGUUAGUUUUGUAUUCGCCAAAAUGGUUGUGACCGUGCCACCUCCCGACGCUCAUUGGACAGUGGAGUUUAGGGAUAUUCUCAAGCCCUUUCCAAAAGAUAAGAUGGCCAAUGCCGGCUUUAAGGUCAUCCGCUUUCUGUAUCCACCCUAUGCCCUCGGCAUGGUGGACGUCAUUCCCGUGGUGAAGGAUCCCCAACCCGACUUCGUCAGCAUUUUCCUGGCGCUUGGGAUUGCUUUUGUCCUUGGCCUAUUGCUUGUAUAUGUGACCUACAGAUGCAAGUUACCGGUGAAACCCUCGCUACCCGUCGAGAAUCGGCAGAUGGUGCGUAGGGGAUUCUGGGACGACCCGAUUGUCAUUGAUCGCAUGCCCGAUCCACCCAUUCCGACUCGUAGCUCUGGUGGGACUACCGGUGCGAAGUACCUGCGAACUUUAUACAUGCACAGCAGGCAGGCGGCAGAAAGAGACAGCGAAGAGCGAGUUCACCGAGACGUCAAUGAAGAGGGUCAGCCAGGAGCCAGUCACGUUCGCAGUCAGAGUGCCGAUCCUAGUGCCGGUCCGAGUGCCGAUCCGAGUGCCGUUCCGAGUGCCAGUCACAGUUGCAGCCCGAUUGGCAGCUACCAGCAGACUACCGAUUUUCCAUAAAACUCACUUAUCGAACAUGAACCAUCGAUAAAAUAUCAAAAUUCAACCUUCAAUCUGAUCACAGAACAGAGCUCAAUGCGGCAACUAAGCAUAGAAUAAAAGACUUAUCAUAGAAG